GGGGCGGGCUCGGCCCCCAGCGGCGAAGGCGAGACCCGGCGGCGGCUGAUCCCGGUUCCCAGCCCCGCCAUGGUGGUGCCGGCGCGCCGCGUGAAGACGGAGUACAUGAAGCGCUUCAAGGAGCCCAAGUGGGAGUCGUGCGGCGCUUGCUACCUGGAGCUGCUGCGCUACCGCCUCAGCCGCCGCCUGCUGGAGCAGGCCCACCGGCCCUGGCUGUGGGACGGCUGGGAGCAGGACAGCGGCGGCAGCGGCGGCGGCAGCAGCAGCACCGCCGGGUCACCCUCGCCGCCGGGUGCCGGCAGCCCCGCGGUCGCGCAGGAGGAGGAGGCGGCGGCAGCGCCGAGCGAGGCGGGACGGGCGAGCCCCGAGAAAGAAAGAGAAGAGCAAGAAAAGCCGCAGAGGGAAGAGCAAGAAAAGCCGCAGAGGGAAGAGCAAGAAAAGCCGCAGAGGGAAGAGCAAGAAAAAAACGUGGAACACACUUCUGUAAAGGAAGCAGACAAAACCAGCCGUACAGGACGACGUCCGAGUCGAAGUGCCUUGUCCAGUCGUAAUGAUCGAAGAUCAGCCAAAAGUCCUCAAAAGACAGAUGCACCAAAAGAGAACAAACAUCCUUUUGCUCUGUAUGGGUGGGGAGAAAGGCAGACGGAUACUGGAAGCCAGAAAACUCACAAUGUCUGUGCUUCUGCUUCAGCAAAUGAAAUUCAUGAAUCUGCUCUACGAGCAAAGAACAGGAGGCAAGUGGAGAAAAGGAAGAUUUCUCAGAGGCGAGUGCGGUCAGCAGAAGCGGAGAAAGCUUGGCGAAUAAAGCCCUCCCCGCCAGACAACCCUUGGAUGACGGAGUAUAUGAGAUGCUACUCAGCAAGAGCUCGGUGAAUUCGUAUUCCCUUAGGCAUCUUCAAAAGAAGUUACGCAUAUCAGGACACUGGUGCAAGGAACCAAACUACUUAUGCAAGGUUUUUAUAGGGAGUUUCCAGCUGUUAAAAUAUUUAUUACAAUAUUUUUAUCUUGGCUACCUACCUCACAGUGGGGUGUAUUGUUGGAGCCAUAACAUUUGAAGAGGCUUUUAAAUACAGCUACCCAAACUUUUAAACAAUUCCCCUUUUGGGAAUCUUUCUAAUGCUUCAGUUGACUUGUCUGGGGGUGGGGAGAGGGGGACCUUCGCAUACAAGGAGUCAAAGCAAACACUUUUUUGAUCUUGGUUACAGAUAAUCUGUUGUCCCUUGUUUUAAAAGUCCAAGUCAUGGGGAGGUUGUGUUGGAAAAUUACUUUAAAGGUGUGAUGGAGGUGCCUUUGCAUUUAUAGUACUAUUUGAUUUCAUACUUCUACCAAAAUAAGUAUAUUAAGACAGGCAUCAGGAAAGCCGGUGGGUCUGGUAAACAGCACUAAUAAAUGUAGAUGCUUUAGGCAAACAAAUAUAUAGGCAAACAAAAAUACCAAGUAUUGUUUGUAUAUAGAAACUUUCAAAAAACCUUGUUUGAUUAGUGAAUCUGCUGAUGCUAACUUUUAUUGCUGUUUCUAUGGUCAUUAGAAUAAACUACAAAUUUUCAGGGCAAGAAACAGCAACAGGAUUGUUUUGCUGUUGCUGUGCCUGUUGUACCAAAUAACCGAUGUAGACAAUCAUCUGACGGCUGCUGCUCAAUAAGCAGUUGCUUGUUCCACCAGUAUCAAGUUGCACCACUGUUAAGCUUGUGGUCACACUCACUCUAUGCUUAAUCAUGUACAUGCCCGUUUGUUGAAGGAGAGGGCUGGCUCCUGUCUAGUGAAGUCUAUCUAUUUUUAGCACUUAAGAAUAUCUGUUACACUUAGUGGGGGUCAGAGUGCAAUAUGCAUUCCAUGUGGUGGUAUUGUACAAGUAUACUAUUAAAGUUUUUAAACUUGAAAAAUCAUGUUGAUAGAACCUGUAGAUGAAGUCCUGAGAUGCUUUCUGCCUCUCAAAAUUGGUGCGGGACCCCUCCCUAGAGGGGGGUGAGGGCCAGGGGAACAAGGAGAGGUUGUACCCUUUAGUAAACAAGAGUAUAUAGUGGAGUUUGAACACUCUCGCUUUGUAGGUCCUCCUUCUACAUAGUAAGACAGUCGUUUGUGAGAUCCUCAGUGGGGUUGUUUUUGUUUUUUUUUUCUCUUCAAGCUGCUGUAAUUUUUUUUUUUUCAGUUAAGCUUUAGGCAGAUUAUUGCUGUAGUUGUGAGCUUCGAAGUUCUGUUCAGAUGUGUUGUGUGUUAGGUACAUAUGUUGGUUCUCUCAGUUAAAUUGUUUUGAAGCUUGUGUUUUACAGAUUGGACACCUUCUCACAGGAAGCACGCUUGCACUUCUGCAGCAAGAACCUGCACUAGCCUUAGCUUCAUUCCACAAUCCCAGUGAGUAAGCAGGACUCUAGAAUUACCACUGCAACACACAGAGUUACAGGCUUCGUGAAAAGUUUGAGUGUUACUGAAAGAAAGUAAUCACGCAAGGGGACCAAGCACUGCUGCCUCCUAGUGUUAAUUAUGGUACAUCAGUAAAGGUUUCAUUACUCCGUCAGUUUUAAUCUUGCUAAAAUGUCCUAGAAUCUAUGAAAUUAUAAUCUGAUUUUUACCUGCCUUUUAAGCAGAAAGCUAUAAAAAUACAGACAUUCUUGUUCAGGCUACCUGAUAGAGUUCUUACAGUUUUUAUGUCUGGGAAUGUAUGUAAAGUAUGAUUUAAGUAUGUUUUACACAUAGCAAAAUUAUUCUAUUCUAACUUUUAAGUAAACCCAGGUUAGAAAAUCCAUUUAAAACUUCAGAACAGUGUCCAAAACUGAGUCAAACUAUUCCAGAGGAUGCCUUUAUUCCAUACGAGAUUCCUUUAAUUUCCUUUUAUGCUAUGUUUUCCUCUUUAAAACAGCUGCUGUAAAUACAUUGAAGUUGCUUCUGAUGCUGUUUCAGUUCCUAAAUCCACUCUAGCUUUGAGCAACAGUAGCAAAGCAGUAGCUCAGUCGUGUUCUAACAGCCUUAUUCAAUAGAAACUCUGCCUGUUCCUGAUGCCCAGAACACCACGUACACCUCUGCCUUUGUAGGCUUCAUGUAACUACAGCAGAUGGACUGUGCCCGCGGUGCAUUUUGCCACAUUAAACAGUUUCCUUGAUGGUGUGGGGCAGGGCUCAUCUUGCCAGGCUUUCAAAGACAGCUCCUACUGUUCUCUUCCCACUGAGAACGGAGGAGCCAAGACGAUUAUGUGCCUGCCUUAAGUACCCAUUUUGGAUAAGAUGAACCUCCCAUUAGACGUUGGUGUUUCCAAUAACUAUAGAAGGCUUUAAUGUCUUCUGCCUUGGAUACUAGGUACCAAAUUUAGAACAUCUCAAACAGGCUUCUUCAGGUGAUCUAGAGAGCAUGAAAAUCUUCAACAGCAUCAAGGCUGCUGUGUACUGAGGAAAUGAUCUGGUUCUUAUCCUUGUCUGGUCAAGAGCUGUUCCCUGCCAAAACAAUUUGGUAGAAGACAGUAGUGACACUAAUCGGGCAAUGCCAUGCUUUUUCAAAUGGUCUGUAGCUAAAAAUAAUCCUGGGUGCUAUGUUGGUACUAGCUUGGUUUAAGUAAUAAAAUGCCUGAAGUGAGGGGUAAAUAAUUCUGCAAAUCGGGUAGCCUUCCUGCAUUUGGGCCCGCUUUGACUAAAAAAAGGCAAGUAGGUUUGCUUAGGCCAUGUAAAACAGUAUAGUUCUGAUAACUGCAAGUUGUAUUUUGACAAAAUAUUUGACAUGUGUCAGGCUGAAGUCUGGAAACCUGUUAUUUUAGUGUUUUGAUGUUAACAAAUGAAGAGCCAAUUGACUUGGAAGGCAGAACUUCUCAAGUCUAAAAGCUUUAACGAUAUUCCAUAGAUUCUUACAGGAGGUGGCUGUUUUGCAUUAAAUUGGACUCACUGAAAAUGGAAAACCUAGUGAAUAUCACCAUAUGAAUUAAGGCAGUUCUGGACCUUGUCUUGCAUGGUCUCUUGAAUUUGGCCAAGUGAUGAACACUUCUCACUCCUGUUUUAGAAGUAAAACUUUGUAAGAACACAGUAAAUACUCAGUUGUCCAAAGUUUUCAUUAAAAUAACUGUUCAUUCCUUUUUGUUUCUGAAAGUACUUAGCUAAGUGAAACCAGACUUUUACAAUGUGUAAUGCUGCAAUUUAACUAUAGUGUUGUGAAGACCAGUGUUUACGAUGUAAAAUGUGACAAUGAAAACUGCAUAAGUCUGUCCCUGUACAAUACAGUAGCAUGCCUGUUCAGUCACUGCUGUCACAUCUCUGCAACUAUGAAUUACAGACUCUUUCACUGGAAGCUGAGAUAAUCAAGGUGAUAUCUAAAUGUACAGUCAAACUUCACAAAACUGAGGGACAGACCUGAAUUUUUGGUAAUGAUUUUAUCCGGAUAGAAAAUAUACAUUUUAAGCAAAUUUUUAACAUGUAGGGAAGUGUAUUGUUUUCAUUGUUUUAUGGUAUAAUGCAGUGCCACUGAACUAUAAAGGCCUUGCUGUCUUUUUUUCUUUUUCCUUUUUUUUUUACUGUGACAGGGACCAAAAGCUAGCAAUCUGAGGGCCUUAUGCGUGGUAACCUGGAUGUUCCAAUUUAUUUUCCAGCUCAGUUAGUGCAAUCAGCAGCAAAGCCAUAUAUGGAGCCUGAUUCAACACCUUGACAGUAGGCAUUAACAUUAGGGGUACAAGUGAAUGGGAAGCUGCCUCAGCUAUUGUUAGCACUGAGUUCACUUUAAAAACUAUAGGGAAAUACCAUCUAAGCUUGAAGCAAUAUGUGUUUUUUAAAGUUUUUAAACAGUAUUUGUUUUUAAUGCUUCUGUAUUGUCUAUAUUUAAUAGCGUAGUGUCAACUUGUAUAUGUGAAUAAAAUGAGUGACACAAAGUGC